AUGUGCAUAUUGCUUGUAAUAUUAUUUCAUCACAAAAAUCAUAAGCAGAUUGCAAUGUAGGAACAGAAAGUUGUAAAAUGCAGGUGUUUUAUGUGCCAGUUAUACAUUUCCUUCGAUGAAAAAUAAUACUUUUGUUAGAAGAUAUAUGCUGAUUCAGUAGAUGAAUACUGUUCUUAAAACCCUUUUGCUAAUAGUAAUGAAGGAAGUUGUAUUACUGGAAACACUGAUUGGGGGGAAUUAUAGUAAAUAUUUAAGAUGAUGAUGCUGGGGGACUUGCUUAUGCCUCUUUAUCAUGUAGAGCUAUUUAUUAUAAUCCAGCUAGCUUCAUACACAGCAAUAACAGCUGCCAUUACACAGAUUGUGAUUUAAGAAAAAUAUUAUGAUGCAAGAAAAAUACUACUAAUUCUACUGGUUGCGAAGCGAGAGAUAUAUGUAUUUAUGCAACCUCCUUAUUGCUUCUAUUAAGCAAUUUUGUAAUUUGUUCUUUUUAUGACAGUCUCUCAGUUGAUACUGAGUUAACAUAUUGUUAAAUAAGAGUAAAUCAGAAAGGAAAAAGAUGUUCAUAGACUAGUGGUACUAAUUGUGGAGAUGUAAUUCUUGUCAUUAUAUACCAAUAUUUAAUUUGUUUUACUAAACAAAAAACAUAUACUUCAUAUACUCCAAAAAGAUAUUAAGAAGAUAAUAACCUUAAAUAUUGCAAUAAUAAUCUUAAAAACUCUCUAGAUUCUAGAUGUACAUAUAUUAACAAAGGAAGUACAAGGAAAUAAAUUAUCAGCAUGUUAAUGUGCAAUAUUCACUACUGGUGUAUGUACAUACUUUUCAGGAUAUACUUACAUUGUUGUAGGUGCUUGUAAUUCAUGUACUGGAUAAACUAUAAAAACUAUAGUAAGUGAUUGGGCUCAAUAAAAGAAUAUUGAAUGA